UACCAACUCCUCGGAUAUGCUUGGCGCUUCCAUGAUUGUAGCUGCUUCUUUGCAACUGAUUGGGCUGGCUCAGCUUCCUGUGGUGGAAGGAUCUUGGUGCCAGGCUUCAUCCUUUGGCAGCUGCCUUGGGCAGCGCCACGAUUUUGAGAAAAAGGAUUUGCCCCGCUUGCAUGGGGGUCGCUACCGGAACCUGCGUUUUGCGGACUGGGAUGGUGAUGGUGACACCGAUGUGUUGGCAGGGCAUGGCCCAGGCGAGUCAAUCUGGUUUCAUGAGCGGCUGUCAAACGACAGCUUCCGUUCGCAUGAGCUGGGCAAGAUUCCCAAGAGAUGGCAUGCAGAAAGUGCAACUGUAGCUGAAGGUGAUGAUUGGCUGGCACAACAGCAGUUGGCGGUUGAUGAGUUUAUGAAGAACACCUUUCGUGUGGAAGUGGCGGAUUGGGACGGCAAUAAGGAACUCGACUUGCUGCUGUGCACCAUGGUGGACGAUCUAGUGAUCGUGAGCGUGCUCAAUCGCUCGAGCCUUCCGCAUGAAAACCUCACGGAAGUUGAGCGCGUGAUUCUGUUGACUCAUGGGUCAGCAUGUGACAUGCUGGCCGUGGAUUUUGAUGAUGAUGGUGAUGUGGAUCUCAUUCUUGGUCAUCAUGCGUAUCAACCGAGAUAUUCCAGAUACUUUGAGCGCAUCUCUUCCGGGCAAUUAGUUGAGCGCACGGGAGAUCAGAAUCCACUUGACAUGUUCAACGACACGAUACGAACCAUCGCCGAUCUUGACGGUGAUGGACAGUUGGAAGUGAUGACCACCGGUUGGGUGGACAAAGGCUAUGCCAUUCAAGUGAUUCAUUUCGGCUACUUUCAUCGUACAAGUGACGGUAGCUUUGUGGAAUCAGCUGAGAACCCAUUGUUUGACCUCAACCUUUGGGAUCCAGAUGAAUAUGCCACAGAAGCUCAUGUGGCAGAUUGGAAUUCAGAUGGUUUGCCAGACCUUUUGACCAUACAUGUGGGCCGCUACCUUCCGCAACGAUCUUACGGUUUGGCGGACUGCUAUGAACAUGUUCAAGACCGCGACCUUGUGCAGAAUUCGCAGAUCGACACCUAUAGAGACAUUAAACUGGCAUCCUUUGGAAAAUCCAUGCAUCCUGUGGUGGUUGACUGGAAUCACGAUGGUUUUGAAGAUGUGGUGGUCGUGGACUAUGUGCUGGGCUGGGGGGAGGGGGAGAUCGUGUCGAAACAGCCGAAACUCUUUGAGUUCCAUGGUGACAGUGUGCACGAAGUAAGCGGUGUCUUUGACAAUGUUACAGAGAGCUUUCUCGGUGAAGAGAUGGUGAGCCUAGCCAUUGCAGACUGGGACACCGACGGCGAUUUAGAUCUCAUCAUAUCCUCGACAGAUGGCAAGCUGCACUAUCAUGAGAUGGUCUUGGGAGGUUGGCAGAAAGAAGAUCCAGACCAUCCCUUCAAGAGCAUCGUGCUGGGCCAAGAGGAAGGAGGUCAGAAGAAGUUGGUUCAGCCUUUGGUGCUUGAUUGGGACAAUGAUGGUGACAUGGAUUUGUUCUUGGGUCCGCCGGAUGGUAGAUAUUUUGAGCAGCUGGCAGAUGGUACUCUUCAUGCAUGGCCGCUAGAGCAAAGCCCUGUUCGGAAAGUGCUCAGUCUUCCGAGAUUUGAGGACCGGGUGUGGAGAUUUGUGGACUGCGAUGCCGAUGGUGAUUUUGAUUUGAUCCGAGUGCUGUUGGACGACUAUGUUCCUGUCAAAGCAUGUGAGCAUGACAGCGCACAUGAGCUGCAAUGUGACCAUGACUUUCCGUGCUUGGGGACGAAUCUCAGCCAUUUCAAUAGGACAGCAGGGGGUCCUCUUGAGCACCUCUCGCUAAUCUCGCUAGACUUGGGGCUUUUGACAGAUGGCUGGCUCAAAUUCAUCACCUGGCACUUCGGUCGCGGGUUGUUGAUGUGGAGUGCAGGCUUUUGCUCUCCAGCCGACUCAUGCCACCAGGGAGGCUAUUGCUUUCCCAGGAAGACACAUUGUAGCUGCAGCGCCGGUCGCGAGCUAGGCGAUUGUUCUGGCUGCGAGCCGCAGUUCUACAGUGUUCCAACGGUGAUUGGGCAGAUGCAUGACUGCAAAGCAUGCCCAGGAGAAGGUGACAAGGUUUGUUCUGGUCGAGGAAGCUGCUUUGAUGAUGAAACUGCGAAGGCAGCUCCUUUGGAGUCCACAGCUGCUUCAAUGGCCAAAGGAAACGGAUCCUGCAGUUGCAACGAGGCCCACUUCUUUGGAAGUGAUGAUGAAGGCCGAAGCACCUGCGUGGAGGGCGUGUGCCCAGCUGGCACCGAAGAGCAGGAUGGACAUUGUCGCGCUUGUGCAGCAGGGUCCUUCUCCCCAGCAGGAGGGCUUUGCAAGCUUUGCUUUCCAGGGACCUUCUCGUUGCCUGGAAGCGGCCACUGCUCGAGGUGUGCACCAGGCUCGGUCUCCAAAACAUCCGGGGCUUCAGGCUGUGAUGCAUGUCCGGCAGGCACAUAUGAGGUUGAUCAUCAAUUGUGCAACAAGUGCCCUACAGGCUUCGUUUCAGCAACAGGUCAGAGCUCAUGCGCCAAAUGUGACGCCGGCUUGCAUGCACCAAAAGCAGGCAGUAUCCUUUGUGAGCCCUGCAAAGCUGGCACUUAUGCAGGUGAAGCCAGUCGGAAAUGCAGUGCGUGCCCUCCAGGUUCGGUGUCCGGUGCAGCUCAAGGUGCUUGCAGCCUUUGUGAGGCGGGCCGUUUUGCCAGAGCCUCCGUCACAUGUGACCAGUGUCCUGCUGGAAGCUGGUCCGGCGCAGGAACCAUUGAAUGCCGAAGCUGUAUUCCAGGAACGUUUUCGUUGACAGGAAGCAGCAACUGUUCCCAUUGUUUACCAGGAAGCGUCUCAACUGCAGGGGCUCUCACUUGUGAUGUUUGUCCUGCAGGGAAGUACGAAGUCAAUCAUCAGUUGUGCAGUGUUUGUCCAUUGGGCACAAUCUCAACUGGAGGAAGUGACGCAUGCAGCCAGUGCGAGGCUGGUCGGUUUGCCAAAUCGUCCCAAACCUGUGAACCGUGCCCUGGCGGGACCUUUGCAAACAAAGGGAGUAGUUCGUGCAGCUCCUGUCCGGUGGAUCAUGUGUCAAGCCCAAACAGUGCCGCGUGCACCAGCUGCGAGAGCCUCUUCAUCCGCACCAGUCCUGAUGUGAUGAAACAAAGCUGCCAAGUGCGUAGCAUGGAGAUUCUGCUGGCUCUCAUUUGUUGGGUCACAUCCUCAUGUUUUUGCCUCCUGUGUUGGACCGGUGUUCUUGGCCGAAUUCCACUGUCCGAUUUGUCAGCUCAAGGGCAGAAGCUUGUGGUCACCACUUCUGUGGCACAUUUUCUCUUGGAUUGGGCACGCCCAGUGGUGACUUUCUCGGGCACGGGAGUUCCUCACUUGGACGAAUCGACAGGUCCUUGGACCGUGCAAGCCUUGAAUCUAUAUCAGGUGAGCCUUCAGGGCAGUACGUCGAGUAGUACGUCGCUGGACACGUCAACUGGGCAUUUGCAUCUGAAGUUCCCACAAGUUUUGCUGUCAGUAGGUCUAUGGCGCUGUCCCCUUCUUUGGUGGUGCAUACUUUUUCUCGCAGCAGCUGCAGGCACUGCCACCCAGCUUACUUGGCAGCUUACGUUGCUGGUGUGCGGACUAGGCUUCGGCACAGGCUCAUUGUGUAUGGUCUUGCGGCGCAGGCAAGGCAAACGCACGCCUUUGGCGACCCGGCGGCGGCACUUUCUCAAGGAGUGGCCCUUGGUGUUGGAGCGCUGUAGCCGUGGUGAGGAGCGUGCGAUGACCGCAGGGACGCUGCUAGACUUUGUGCAGUUCUUCGAAAGCUUUAUCAGGGAGCGUUCCAUGUACUACGUUUGCUCAAACAUUGUGAAGCCCCUCACCGAACCAUAUCAGCUUUCUCUCGUGGAACUGGUAGGUCCAACGAUGAUCCAAUGGUUUGUGAGUCAUUACUGGGGCAUGCCCGUUCGUCAUUUCAGUGAUGCCAUACGCAAGCACGCCCAGAGCUACCACGGAGACUGGCGAGACGCAGCUUAUUGGAUUUGCACCUUCAGUAACAGCCAGUGGCAUGUCAAGGAGGAGCUUGGGCAUGGACGAUGGCAGGAUUCAUCCUUUUACCUCGCAUUGAGAUCUCCAGAAUGCAAAGGUACUACCAUGAUUAUUGAUGAGCUGGUUUUGCCUCUACAGCGGAUUUGGUGCCUUUUUGAGGUCUACCAAACCAUUUGCCUGACUCGAAGCAGCCACUUUCAUGGUUUGCUUCUUUGCACUUCCUCGGGUGUCUUGCAACAGGGCAAAGCCGGCACUGAUGUUGCUGUGGCCGUCGCCCAGACCGUUGCGACACUCGACACUCGAAGUGCUGUAGCAUCGGCAGAGGAAGAUCGGCAGAUGAUCCAUUCCCUGAUUGAGCAAAUGCCAGGAGGUUUUGACACAAUGAACACCUUUGUAUGCGAUACAAUUUGCAAUGCAUUGGAAGCAUCCCACUUGCACUACGAAAGCACACUCAAGAACUUGAUGCAGAACUUGAGGUUGCGGGUUGCUCCUACCUCCUCAGUUUCCUCGCCACCAGUGGCGUUUUUGCCGACACUUCUCACCAGUGGUGCUAGCAGUGCCAAACUGCCAGCAAGUAAGGAGGGUAAGGAAGGUACCAGCUAGCAAUUGGCAUAGCCAAAAUGCUGCAAGAAUAUCAUAGAAAUACUAUGAAAUACUUAUGUCUUAUGUAGAUGUCCGAUUCAUCCGCACAAUCAUCGACGAUGCAGAUGCAGCUCCAGGACACUUGAGUCCAGAGCUGCAAGAUGUGCCAUAUUUGAGUUGCAUCACACGAAUGCACUCCAAUCCCUUUCAGUGCAACCAUAUGCAUCGCUUGCGUCGCCUGUUGUAUAGUGAAUUGGGCUUGCUUUCGACCGGCCGCCCUCCGCCGCCGUGUUCGCCUUGAAGUCCGAACGCUAUAGAGUAGGACAAGGAAGCUGAGCACGCAAGCUUAGGCGUGGGUCCUGUUUGUGUUUUGUUCGUGAGCCUGGUCACUGAUCGCACCUGUUUUGGGGG